GCGCGCAUCUGCUACGGAUCCCUUCUUACCGCGAUCCGCCUCCAUUCGUUCUCUGAGCCUUUGAUCAUCAAUCCAUACAACAUAGACCACGUCACGCCAACGCUGUCCAUCACGCUUCCUACUUUAAAGGCAAUGGCACCCAACAUGGCCCUUCAACGUACGCGUUCGCCAAGCAGCGGCCGCCGCAGCAGACGCAUCUCUCUACCAGCAAUCCUCCAACACAUUCAAGCACACAACACAUCAAACACAUCCAUCAACGACUCCAUCAACAUGUCACCUUUCAUCAACCUUACCGACCUCUCUGAUGCUCUCGACAUCCCUGUCUCAUCAAGCAAGCACAAGGAAUCUAUCAAGGCUAGAGGUGUCCGAUUCAACAGCAAAAUCAGUGUCGUCGAAAUCCCAGCACCUGAGCAGACACAGGCCCAUCGCGUCAGCUUCAGCGACGAGAUCAUCGACAUUGAUACAGCAGAACUCAGCAGCUCAUCACAGACAUCAAGUCCUCCCAGAAAGCGCGUCCGCUUCGGUUGCAUGAAGAACAGCGUGCGCAAACACUUCUCUCACACACCCAUCUACAAGAUGAAGAACUUUGACGCCAUCAGCCCUCUCAUGACAAGUAAGAAGAGAGUCCGUUUCGGCUGUAUGAAGGGUGAGCCACCUACAGUCACUCACACCAGUGAAGAAGUGUCUGAGCUUUUGGCCGAUGAGGCAGCAACCUUCAAGCGCGAGAAGAGAAGAGGAUCGACUUCCACCUACGACAGCGAGAUGUCGGAGCAAACCAACGACACUGAGGAACUGGAAGUGGAUUGAGGCAGUGUUACAAGAAGUGACGACAAGGCGCUUGGAUUGGAAGUCAGCAGCGACAUUACACGAGCAGGAGAAAAGUGAGGCAGGGUGGCCAUGGUCUUUGCAUGCCGAGGGGAGGCAGUUUCAGCUGGAACGAAUAAACGAAUAAUGAAGAAAGCAUGGAAAUGGGUAUACCAAGCAAACACGGUCUAGAAAAGAUGGGGUGCGGUGCGGAGGAAAUUGGAGCUCUAUUGCUGCAUGCAUGGCGUCACAAGAAACAAACAAAAGAUGAUGUUCCCACCAAGUUAGUUCCACAUAUGUGGUACUGUGCUUCCCAUCUGGCCAGGAACAAAAGGUACUGUCUCGAAGUUGUGACUCCUCGUUAGCAGGCUUGAAAUAGGAUUUCUGUGUCGUCCA